AUGGCGGCGCACGACCCUAAAAACAACAAAACGGCGAAACCGGGACGAAAAGGCGACCAGCCGCUGGUAAUUGCCAAAACUCCCGCGGAAGAACAACGCCUCAAAUUGGAAAGACUGAUGCGGAACCCCGAUAAACCCGCUGCAAUCCCGGAUCGACCAAAGGAAUGGAACCCCCGGGCUCCGCCGGAGUUCGUCCGAGAUGUGAUGGGUUCCAGCGCUGGUGCAGGCAGCGGUGAGUUCCACGUUUAUCGGCACCUUCGACGCCGAGAAUACCAGAGACAAGACUUUCUGGACAAAAUGGCUGUAAAGCAAACCAAGGAGCAGGCCUAUUUGGAUAAAGUGGAACAAAACCAACGCGAGGCAGAAGAGAGGACGGCAAAGCGGAGGAAGAAGCGGGAAAAACUCAAGCAGAAGAAACUUUUGGCAAAGAAAUCCAAACAAGACCAAAAAAAUAGUGAUGCAGAGAAAAGCACAGACAGCAGUGAGGACGAAAAGAAGAACGAGGAGGUGGAAAAAGAAGCUGAAGAUGAUGCUGAGGUUCCUAGCUUCAUUAUGGGGAAAAAGUAG